AAUGUGAGGGUGUGCCGUCAGAAAACACGGAGCGUUUUCUCCAUGUUUGUUUAACGGUAACCUAUAUUUCUGUUCAUUUUUAACAUUUAACCUCCUUCAUCUGAAGUAUACGCCCUUCUCCCCAGUUGAUUAUAACGCGGCGUCUGCGUCCGUUUUAAACCUUUAAACGCCUAUGAGAUAUUAUUUAAGUUUUAAUUUCAACUAUUAGAUAAGUUAACACAAAUCGAGUCACCCCCGUCCGUUGGAGGGGCGUUGGACGUUCGUGUGGACGAACAACAUGGAGGAUCCGCGGGACGUUCAAACUAACAAGCGAAACGGGAGCUGCAGGUCGUUGUUAUCGGCAGGUUCUGCGGUGGCCAUGGAGGUUAAACGGAAAAAGAUACGACAGAGUUCGUUGUUCCUUCAAACAGAGGCGAAAAGCAUGAAACGAUGCCCGAGUUUGCUGAAUGACACCCAGCAGAUAGUAGAGGACAUGAAUUUGUUGUACAUUCGACAGAUUUCCAGGAAGCUGCAGAGCACUAACAUACAAGAGAAGCUAGACUUUGAGAUGCGAAUGCGAGAAGGCGCCUACAAGCUGCUGCUGGCUUGCAGCAAGAGAGAGCAGGUUUUAAACACUUCCAAGAACCUCUUGACCUGCAACGCCAGGAUCAAGUCGUAUCUCACUCAGCUGCAGAGGACAAAAGAACAGCAGGACAUGAUGGGAGCUGCCCGAAUGCUUUCUGAUCCAGGUUCAGAUGACCGUGUGCCCUGUAACGCAGCUAUUGCAUUGUCAGGCCUCCGGUUGCCUUUGAUGUGGAGGGAUUCAGACCACUUUAAUAACAGAGGGAGCUCUCGUCGAGUGGCGGUGUUCUGUCUGAUGCAGAUUGGCUCGGAGGUGUAUGACACGGACAUGGUGGUGGUGGACAGAUCCGUCACUGACAUCUGCUUCGACGGAGUCACCAUCUUCAAAGAAGCAGUUCCCCAGUUUGAGCUGAAGGUGGAGCUGUGGAGCUGUCCCCUGGAGGAAGAGCUCACGUUGGUGAACACGCCAAAGAAACUGGCCAAGAAGCUCCGCAGCUCUUUCGGAAAGACAGCUGGAAAGAAGCUCUGCUCCCUGCUGGACGCUCCAGAUCCUGACACUUUCCUGCAGUACAACCCAAUUCCCUCUGGAGCCAAAUAUAGCCUUCUGGCCUACACAACUCUGAAUCUGCCCGAGGCUGAAGGCAGCUUUCAGUCUCACUCCCUCAUUGUCCUCCAAGGCGCGGAGUUGUCAUCUUGGCUUCCACUUUAUGGCAACCUCUGCUGCCGCUUGGUGGCCCAGCCCACCUGCAUGACGCAGAUCAUGAUGACUGGCUACCUGAGCCAGAAGCAAAGUGUGGAGGGCUUAAACCGCUGCUGCAGCCUUUACUGUGUGUUGAGUGCUGGCUUUUUGUCCUGUUACUUCACCCCAGAAGAAAUUGAUGCUAAAGUGCAGCCGACCCUGAACGUACCCAUCAAUAAGGAUACCCGGAUCCGUGUGAUGGAGAAGGAGACGGCCGGCCACAAAUCCAGGACUAUGUCCAUCAUCAACCCAACUCCAGAGGGAUCUCAGACCAUUGUCUUCACUACAGACACCAGGGAAGAGCUGGAGGAUUGGCUGGAUGCCCUCCACCAGCACCUCUAUGAUCAGAGCCAGUGGCUGCACUGCUGCAACCAGCUAAUGAAGAUCGAGGUCGCGUCACCACGGAAACCAUCACUCUUCCUCGCCAAGCAGGCUGACUCUGUUUACAACGACCUCAGUAUAAAUUCACCGGGUAAGUUUGAAGGCAUCACAGAUAUUAUCCACAAUAAAAUCGAGGAGACCGAUGGCCGCUUCCUUAUUGGCCACGAAGAGGAGACGGAGGCCCCUAACUGGUCCACACUGUUUGAUGGGUCCCACUCAGUGGUCGUACAGAAGGGUAUUCUGUCCCAGAGCAAAACCUCCACCCCCUGUCCAAGCCCCAACCACAACACCAGCUCUACUACCACCAGCAACAAAAAGCGACGCGCUCCACCCCCUCCUUCUGACAGAGAGCCUUACUCACCUUCUACCCGUCCAGCCAGACCUCCUCUCCCUCCUCCUCUCCAGCAUCGCCCUCCUCCUCCCUCGUACCAGGAGAAGGAGAACUCCGGCUCGUCACGUCCGGCCACGAGGUCCAAAACAGGCAGACCGUCUCUUGAUGCCAAGUUUUCUGCCAUCAUCCAGCAGCUCCAGCGGAACAAUACUGGAGGAGCCUCAGCCCGGAAAAAUGCCCCGCUGGGUAUCAUUGAUGUGCACCCGCAGGGUCAGUCUCAGCCGCCUCUCCAGCAGCUGGACUACCAGAACCACCACAUCCAGACCCCUGAGUCCACAGAUGACCACGGUUUUGUUAGAGCCAGUAACGGUCCUGUUCCUGCACCACGGAGCAAACUGAGGAAGUCUUUUAGGGAGAGGAUGAACCUUAAAGCGUUGUAAUCUCGAUCUUAUGUAGGUUAAGCUUAAUAUUUCUAUCUUACCACUAAUGUAAAUAACUAUAACAUAUCCUUUUUAACUGAGAUUGAUAAAAAUCAUAUCACACAAUAUAUUUGACGACAACCCUUCAUCAUCUGUGAUGAUAUGUGAUGAUUGGGCUUGAAUGUUGGUGUAGUCUAACAACGGUUAAAGGAAUCUUUCUUGUCAAGUAAAAUCAAGUUAUUCAUUAUCAUUCACACUGAUCAGCCACAACAUUAUGACCACUGACAGGAGAAGUAAAUAACAUUGAUCGUCUUGUGACAAUAUGUUCUGCAAGGAAACUUUUGGACUUGGCAUUCAUAUAGAUGCUACUUAG